GAGUGCAAGAAUAGCUCUUCCUUUUAAGAGUAAAAAAGCAAUAGUUUCCUCUAUUCUCUAUCAAACCAAAUAGAGCCUUAAACAACCUAAAGUGAGCUUUUAAGUUUGGCAGAAACCUUCAUUUUCAAUCAAUCUAACAACCGUCUGAUGUAAAAGUGAUACCAAAACACUUGAGUACUAUGAUUUCCUAACUUAAAUACAAGUAUGUUUUAAUGUAGCGGUUGAAUCCCACAAAUAUGGCAACGCCUUCAGCAAAUUAGGUGGGAAGCAAGAAGCAUAACAGAAAAAGAACUCUUGGAAUGGAAGCCAAAUCAUGUUCAUUUGGUCAAAAAAAAUAACCCAAGCCUCACCAUCAACAUAACUACCCAUCAGUUUUGAAAGCUUCAUAAGUUCCACAUCAUGAAAAUAUGAUGCUAUAUCUCAUUUCAUUAAUAGUAGAAUACAUCACAAGAAAAUAAUGCCUCCAGAGACUUCAUCCGCUUGCCACACUCCCCAGAUCUGUCCUCCAGUAUUGCCCAGAUCAACUGUAAACUCCUCGGAUUCAACCAAACGUAGGCAGCUGAAAAGAAUGGAAAUCACUCUCACAAGUUUUUUAAAGACGUGCAAUUUAUCAGAAUCAAGCUGCAAGGAAGCUACAUCCCAUACAAGGGCUUCCACUCUUCCUCCAAAUAGAAAUCCGAUCACAAAAAAGGAAUAUCGGUUUCUAUCAGACAUCAUCACUCAGAGGGCACCCUGCAACCUUCUAAUCUUUGGUUGGGAACCCCAAUACCGUCGCUUGGCAAAGAUUAAUUCUGCAGGAACCACUGUUAUUCUGGAGGACACCCCUGAAAAAGUAAGAGUUAGAAGGUCAAACAGCACCAGGAUUUACAAGGUCAGUUAUGAUGUGAAGGCCAAAGAAGCAUACAGAUUGCUAAAACAUGCAAGAGAUGGAGCUGCCUGUGCACCUAAUUCUGGGCCUAUAGAAACAUCAAGCUGCAAAUUGGCACUAACAAACUUGCCAAAUGAGGUCUAUAGAAGCAUAUGGGAUGUGAUACUUAUUGAUGGACCAGGUAGUGAUCGACCAGAAGCACCCGGAAGGAUGACGGCUAUCUACACAUCAAGUACGAUAGCGAGAGCUGGGAAUAUCACAACAAAUGUGGUAUUACAUGACGUAGACCGGAUGAUAGAAAAAUGGUUUUCCCGGGAGUUCCUGUGUGAAGAAAAUUUAGAUUCAUCAAAAGGGAGAUACUGGAAUUUCAAGAUUAAAGGUGGUCAGCAAUGGCAUUCCACCAGCUUUUGUUCUUGAUCACAAAAAACAUAAGU